AUGCCGAAGAACCCCGGCUUGCACGCGGCGGAGCCGCUCGGGGAGUCUAUUGAAAACCUGCCCGUUACCGCGGGGCUCGGGCUCUGUCGCGUUUGGAUCGAGGAGCUUUCAGCUUUGCGCGGUUUUGACUUUGUUAAGACUCGCUGCCCUUCUAGUGGAAUGUACCUGGAAGUUACACGUUACCGAAAAGGACGAGACAGGAGGGCCGCAGCGCGCUUCGCAGCUCCAUCCAGGACGUUCUGGAUCAUCCUGUCCGUCGCCUUGUUUUUUGCAGCCAUUGGCAUCAGCGUUGUGGGGGUUCUCAGCUUCUCCCCCAGCUCCGCCCAGGCUGGCUCUCAGCUCGUCCGGCUAACGCUCCAGGGCCAGCAAGACCCGCUGAGGAAUCAGACAGCCUUGGUGGACAAGUCCAGGAGCACCGUGACCUACUACGUAACCUCGCAGAGUAACCACACCGCCGUGGUGCUGUAUGACAGCAGGAACGGCUACGUGUGCUACAAACCUGUGGAGCAGCGAGCGUGCUACCUGAGGAGGAUGGACGCCUGGGACCUCCAGACCCUGCAGACAUCUCUCAACACGUCCGAGCAGAGGGCCGAUCAGAUGCUACGUCAGAAUAACCAGACCAAGUACUACCGGGAGUUCCUGGGCAUUCUGGCGGGGGAACAGGUGGACCCCGAAAACCUGGGGGAGGCUGUCCGGACCCUGUGCGAGCAGACAUCCAUCUUCUGGGUCAGGAGAGGGGAGGGUCCAGGGAAGCAGCGGCUGAUCUACCUGUGCAUUGACAUCUGUUUUCCAAGCAACAUUUGUGUGUCUAUCUGCUUCUAUUACCUCCCUGAGUAAGUCCUGUGGCCGCCCUCUCGCUGCUCUACAUACUUGAACUGGAUUCCUGAAAAGCCUCUGAUUUCAACAAGGACGGUAACAUCUACAACAUAAAACUGCUGAUUUCAUGC